AUGUCUGGUGUAUAUGCGAAGGAGGCUGAAGGCGACCCCUACCGGAAAGCCUGUCUUGUCCCCUAUGUGGACCCUGAUACGGCACCUCCUGGUAUCAAAGAAAAAUUAAAGGUGCUUCCCUUUCGGCGCAAUGUCCUCCUGACUCUAGCCCAUUCCCACGGAUUGUUUCCCCACUUUAGCGGCCUUCUCGGCGCUUGUUUUGAUGGAAAACAGCGCAGUAUCCCAGUCCUCGAGUGGCAGUUGAUCGUGCUACGGGUUGCUACUCUCCUCAAGGCCAAGUAUGAGUUUGAAGUGAAUCAACCCGUGGCUGAGGUGUUUGGGUUCCCUCAAGAAAAGAUGGAUACCAUUGGGUGCUCUAUCAACGACGUAUUGGAGGGUAAAGGCCCAUGGACUGAUCGAGACCGGGUGAUUCUUCGUCUUAUCGAAGAACAGCUAGAAGCUUAUGAUAAUAAGCAGGAGACAGUCAAAGACGCUUUGAAAUUGCUGUCUGUAGGGGAUGUAGUAGAGGUCUUAAUGAUAAUCGGUGUCUAUGCUUCAUUGGCUCGGGUGAUUAAAGGUCUGAAGGUCGACGAUGACAAGCCAACUCCUGAUUUAAAGGAGAAAAUCAAGGCUGCCAUUACUGACUGA